GACACCCCCCAUCAUCCCCAUUGUUCACUGGCAUCAUUGUUGGUCUCACCUCACAGCUGCUCAGCCAUGGCCCCCAAAAAAGCCAAGAAGAGGACAGCAGAGGGAGCCAAUUCCAACGUGUUCUCCAUGUUUGAGCAGGCCCAGAUUCAGGAAUUCAAGGAGGCCUUCACCAUCAUGGACCAGAACAGAGACGGUUUCAUCGACAAGAACGACCUGAGGGACACUUUUGCAGCACUUGGACGCCUGAAUGUGAAACAGGAAGAGAUUGAUGAGAUGCUCAAAGAAGCUCCAGGCCCAAUCAACUUCACCAUCUUUCUCACCAUGUUUGGGGAGAAACUGAAAGGUGCUGAUCCAGAAGAGACCAUCCUCAAUGCGUUUAAAGUGUUUGACCCUGAGGGGAAAGGUGUGCUGAGGAAGGACUACGUGACACAAAUGCUGACAACACAAGCAGACCGAUUCACCCUAGAAGAGAUGGAGCAGAUGUUUGCUGCCUUCCCCCCAGAUGUGGCAGGGAACCUGGACUACAAGAACCUGGUGCACAUCAUCACCCACGGAGAGGAAAAAGACCAGGAAUGAUGCGUCUCUUAAAAGGACAGAGACGUUAGGAAAUUUAUGGACUGUGGUCAAUGUAUGCUGGUGCCAUAGCUUCUUUGCUGCAAGAUCACACAAUUGGAUCAAGACCAGACCCUCCCCAAACAAUGGACAUAUGCCAGAACCUACACCACAUUUCACGUUAGUCCCAUCCUUGUUUUUAUUUUUUUUUUCAAUGAAGAUAUCCAUCAGGUCUGUGCUUGUUUGUCAAA